UGCUGGAUUAUCCAUACACAAGUUAACUAUCUCAUUCUUGCAAGUCCCCCGAACGGAAUUUUUGCUCCCCCAACGGAACACUAGUUAAUUUUACGCUGAAAGAAACCGGGAUAUUUCAUGUUCUAGAAAAGAAAUCGAUCAAAUUUGCAUCAUAUCAAAAUAUUCCUUGGAUCCUUCACUCUUUAUGACAUUGGGAAAAUCAGAAUCAGGGUUCCAACCUAAACCUGAAUUAUUCCAAUUUCGUCUUGAUGAAAAUAUAUGGCACGUACACCAAUGAGCUCAACUCUAUGGUCAUGGAUGCCCCAUCACCGGCCAUGGUAAGUAUGUAAGUAUAAUAGCCAUUAGUGUACCUAUCACAUGGGGGGGGCGGCAAUAAAUAAGAACAGGAAUUACAUACUAUGAUUUUCCUUUCACCUUCAUGAUAAAACCACAAACCAGGUUAUUCCAAGACCUUCCCAGUAACUAAUGGGUUCCAAAAUUGUGAUAUGAUGAUAUCAUCGUGAGCCAUUGUUGAGGCACCUCAGACGGAGAACUGACUGAUUUUGUAUGCGAUAUAUUCCUUCGGUUCUAAUUAGUGGUCGUCUUUUUCGCUUUUUUUCUCUUGAUGCUUGGCCCAAAUUGGCCAAAACAACUCGACCCAUACAACCUGAAGGAUCUUUUGAUGUAAUAAGGCACGCGCCAAUAAAUAGUAUCAGAGCUCAUAACUGCAUGAAAUAAUGGCAUCAAACCGGCAUUUCGACAUUGUUCUUCUCGGCGCGACGGGAUACACAGGGAAGCUAUGCGCCGAACAUAUUGUUCAGAAUCUUCCCACGAACCUGAAGUGGGCAAUUGCUGGACGGUCUACAGGAAAACUCAGCGCCCUCGCGGAGGAACUGCUCAAAAUUAACCCCGAGCGCAAAGGACCGGAGAUCGUGACUGUGCAACUACAGGCUGCAGAGUUAAAUCAACUUGCUAAACGGACUCGAGUCCUUCUUAACUGUGUCGGGCCGUAUCAUCUGUACUCGACGCCCGUCGUGGAAGCUUGUGCGAACAAUGGCACUCAUUAUCUUGAUGUGACUGGCGAGAUGCCCUGGGUUAAGGAGAUGAUCGAGAAAUAUCAUGAAAAAGCCAAGGAGACGGGGGCAAUAAUAAUAUCAGCAGACGGACUUGAAUGCGCUCCCACAGAUCUAUUGACUUGGGCGCUCGUCAAACAUAUCAAGGAUAAAUUCUCUGUCCACACUAAGGAAGUCAUUAGUUCUAUAUACGAACUGAAAACCGCGGGAGCGAGUGGUGGAACCCUCUCAACCGUCAUAGGCAUGAUGGGUAGUGUGCCUCUGAAGGAACUAUUCAAGGCACAGAACCCAUAUUACCUCUCCGCCAGCCGACCUAAAACACCCUAUUCUCCGCCCCUUCUCCAGAAACUUCUCGGCGUCCGCAUAGUGCCUGAUCUAGGUACGAUGACCAGCUAUGUCACAGAUCAUUGCGACAUCGCCAUCGUUCAUCGCAGCAGCUCCCUAAUGCCAGACCUAUACGGGCCGGACUUCCGCUUCGAAGCUUUCGCGGCCGUUCGCAAUGUCCUAGUCGGAGUCGUCCUGCACCUUUCCGUCAUAUUUGGAAUGCUGGCCCUGACAUUGCCGCCCGUGCGCUGGCUGGUGAGUAAACUCAUCUAUGCACCGGGCGAAGGGCCGGCUAAGAAGAACACUACGGGUAACCGGAUUGAGUAUCGAGCCCUGGCAACUGCCCAACAUAAAUCUCCUGAAGGGAAACCCAUCAAAGUGCUUGGGACGUACAAGACUAAUGGGGAUGCGUAUUGGAUGACGGGAGUGUUGCUUGCAGAGUCGGCUAUGGUUCUGUUGAAGAGUAAGCGGAUUUCACAGGAGGUUAAAGGUGGGUAUUUGACGCCUGCGAUAUUGGGGCAGGAGUACAUUGAUCGGUUGGAGAAGAUUGGGAUUACGAUUGAGACGAAUGUAUUGGAGGGUUGAGGAGAGGACAUUUGUAUGUCGUUCCUUUUUUUCUCUUUUCAAGGAAUCUUCACAGCUCGACUCAUGCCCAGCUAGUAUUGAUAACAUAAUUCGGAGUGCUUUAGGAAGUGGCAUCUUCCGGACUUCUACUGCUUGUUAUCUUUCCUUAUAUAUGCAUAUACAUAUAUGCACAUUGAUAAAUACAACAUCUGAGGAUCAUAGUAAAUUAUAUGAUAAUUACAUCAGGUUGUGGGGACAGUUUUAUUGUUCUUCGUUUUCUUUAGCACCCGGGCUGUUCCACAAAUUAUCCCUGCUUGUUGACUUCAGAGCUGAAGUUCAACUGAAGGCUCUGGGAUAGGACGGAGUUUCCCAGCUGAAGGCAGCCCCCAUUAAAGGAUAACGAUAUAUGAAGAGCAAGCAUCAUCAACAGAAACCGGGAACGUGCCAAGGAAUAUGUCAGCAUCAGCUAAUCAUAUGGCCGCCUGAGGGUGAAAAGGGAUCAGUCGCCAGCGGAGUCUCCUCUAAGUCCCUCGACAGAGAAGUAUUUAUCUAACACAAUACAAACUAUAGCACACGAAUGCACAAUGGCCGGGUGAAAGCCAACGACCUAAGCAACCACCUGCCGUUACUCGUACCAAUCCACCUCUGAUGAACAUUUCAAGGUGUUUACAAUUUGCUCUUCCCACCAAACACCACCGCCUCCAUCCAUUUGCUAAUGGCCUCAUUACAUUCCGUUGACGCUUGCCAGAGUGCCCAAUGGCCCGCCGUAACCUCCGCCGUGGUGAGGUUAGGCAAGUACUUGCUCAUGUUACGAGAUAGAGCAGGGCGGAGGGCUUCAUCUUGAGUUGCAAGGAUAAACAGGACAGGGAUGUCCAGCUUGCGGCCCAGAAGGCUAAGGUCAUCCUUGUAGUUUUGCUCGCGUGUGCGGUACCAGUUUACUAGUUGAUUCGUCAGGUUUAAUUGUGAAGUUAACAAGGCAGAAAGUUUCAAAGCAGGUAGACUCACAUGGACCGUGAACACCAUUUCUUGCAUACUCAUCGACGUAGUAGUUCAGCUCCUACCAUAAGAUUGUCAGUGAGACAUUACUCUGUCAACUUUAACAAAAACAAAGAUGUGUGCGCAUAGGUUUACUGGACGAUGCCAAAUAUAAACAAGUUCAAGAUAAGGUGGGAGGCGCAUACCUCUUCACUUAUCACCUUCGACCUCUGCAAGUGCUGGAACUUAUCCAACAAAACCCCGUUAAAUACAUCAAACCCGAACUCACCCGUGGGGGUCCUUCCCCCAUAUAACGAUAGCAAAAAUUGCCUUAUAUCCCUCUUACUCUUGAUUUUCUUCUCUAGCUCCCCGCUGACGAACUGCAACUGAUAUCCGAAAUAGGGGAGCCUUGUUUUGAUGAGAGUCUCGAGGGGGAUGUACUCUUUUGUUGGAGGGCUGUAAGGAGUGCAGACUGAAAAGAGGUGGGUAACAAACCCCGGAUGGUAUAGGGCAAUGCGAUAUAUGGCAGAUCCGCCCCUGGACCUCAGCGUUAGACAGCUCUAUAGAGACAGACCGCAUAAUGGAUUGACGAUGCGUGGAGCUGAACAGCUCCUUAAUUAAAAGUCACAGCAGAGCUUUCGAAGACGGCAUUUGAUACCCAUGGCGUGAUCGAAAUUUAAGGGAAUCGUUACGUGUGUUGUACAUACCAAUCGUGCCCUCCAAGGACAAUUUGAGAGGUGCCCAGCUGGCGUGCGAGCUCCUUCAUAUCAUCUGCGCACUGCUUGAAUCCAUAUCGCGCGGCCGAUUCUUCCGAAAACUCUGGAGCUUCCUAGGUUUUAAAGACAAAAAUUUGAGCCAUUUUCCAAUUCCGCAAUCAAUUCCAGCACUGGGAAACCACGGCCUUUUCAGAGAAUAAGGGAAACGUACCGUCCUUCCAUAUCCCAUGCAGUCAGGAGCAACAACUCGAAAGCCCAGCUUUGUCAAGGCAGGAAUCUGGUACCGCCAUCCCAUCGAUAUAUCGGGAAAGCCAUGGAUCUGGGAGGAUUAGCACACGCUGCUUUCUGUUCUAAACUUGCUAUUGAGCUAUGGAUAUCAAAAUAGACAAAAAAGCACCCGAGAAAGUGAACCAAAACAAGAGAUAGGAUUGGGAGAUAUUCGUAUCAAGGAGUUGCAAAUGAAAUGUGAUUUCUACUCAAAAUGGAACACUUGUUCAAGCUCAUAGGCUAUCGCAUAAACUUCAAGAAGGGGUAGAACUAGCUUCCAGGAAGAGGGGAAUUGGAACAUACCAAGAAAACUGUAGCUUUGUACUUCCCCCCUUCGGGCAGACUCAAAAGAUAUCCUGUUCCCGAGUCAGAUCAAGAGCGGGAAAAGGUAACGACACUGAUGUGCAAAGACGUGGUUGGGAAUCAUCUCUGUCUCCUUGCCCUUCCCAUCCGAACAAGGAGAGAGUCUCAGACUAAAUAUUCAUACCGUAAGUUGUUCCAUUUAACACUGCGGUGCAGUGCCGAAUUCUUGAAUCUCCGGUGACAGAUAUUUUGUCCGCCAUGGUGUAGGGAGGGUUCAAAAUAAUGGACAGGAUUGAACCAGUAGCCGCGAUUAAAUUGGGUACUGGAAUUUCUCUGCUAAACCUGUUCAAUCCUAUUGCUAUUGCCAGCUCUCUGGAUUACCUAGAUUAUAUUAUAUGUAUAUGGAAACACUCAGCUUCACGGCGUCCCUGUCCUGA